GCGGCGCUAUGUGCGUGUGUCUCGUAUUUUUGCUCAAGAGUAGAAGAAACUCAAGAUAUUAACAAGGUGUGAAUGAUGGACAUUCGCUUCACUAAAGGUAAAUCGGCGAUCCUGGAGCGAGCGUUGACGCGGCCGAAGACGGAGGUGGGUCUGAGCGCGUUCGCGCUGCUCUUCUCGGAGAUGGUGCAGUACUGCCAGAGCCGCGUGUAUUCCGUGUCCGAGCUGCAGGCGCGUCUGGCGGACAUGGGGCAGAGGGUCGGCGCCCGGAUGCUGGAUGUGCUGGUGCUCCGAGAGAAGAACGGCAAAAGAGAAACUAAAGUGCUCAAUAUACUGCUGUUUAUCAAGGUAUCUGUGUGGAAGACUCUGUUUGGGAAGGAAGCAGAUAAACUGGAACAGGCCAAUGAUGAUGACAAAACCUACUACAUCAUUGAGAAGGAGCCUGUGAUAAAUGCAUUUAUUUCUGUGCCCAAAGAGAACAGCACACUAAACUGUGCCGCGUUCACUGCGGGCAUCGUGGAGGCCAUUCUCACCCACAGCGGCUUCCCAGCCAAAGUUACAGCACACUGGCAUAAAGGAACCACACUCAUGAUCAAGUUUGAUGAAGCUGUUAUUGCCAGAGAUAAACAGCUGGAUGGAAGAUAGAAACUGUAUGUAGAUGGAUGAGUGUUUAUUAUGACGGUGUGUGUACCUACUAAUGAUACUUUAUAAAUGUAAAUUAACUCGUACACUACUAAUAUAAAAAAUGAAUGCUUGAUGAAAAUAAUGUACACGAUCAGCCACAACAUUAAAACCACCUGCCUAAUAUUGUGUAGGUCCCCCUCGUGCUGCCAAAACAGGGCCAACCCGCAUCUUAGAACAGCAUUCAGAGAUUAUAUUCUCUCAUCACACUUGUACAGAGUGGUUAUCUGAGUUACAGCAGGCUUUAUCAGUUCAAACCAGUCUGGCCAUUCUCUGCUGACCUCUCUGUUGGCACUGGUUUUGGCGGCAUGAGGGUGACGGGCACAAUAUUAGGCAGGUGGUUGUAAUGUUGUGUCAGAUCGUGUAUUAACUCAAAUUAUAAUCCAGCCAUGGGCAACAGUGAUAUGAUGGAGAUUAUAUUCAUGGCAGGUGGCUUUAUUCUUACAUCAGUUGGCACUGAAAUGUUAAUCUGAACUGUCUUUUAAAUACUAAAUAAAAUAAUAACAAAUAAAAAUAAUAAUUUUGAUGCGUGUUUAUGAUAACAGAAUGUUUUGAUUAUGCCGCUUGUCACAUUUAGAGCUGUAUAUCAUGUGGACAGUGAAAUACCUGGUGUUGUGAUAAUAAGUUACUCUGUUGAAACUGCAUUUGGACAU